AUGGCGACCGAUACAGACGCCUCGUCAGCCCCUACAAACUCCCAAGGCACCGACGCUCCAACACCCGUCACCAGUUCCGCCAACGAUGGCACCAGCCGACAAGGCGAGGAUGCUUUAGGAUUCGGCUGGGACGGCAGCGCCUGCCUGUCUACUGCCUUUGCCGUUGCCGGCGCGCCCUCGACAUCGAAGCCUUCCUCCUCGAUAUCGACGUCGCAACCCUGCCAGAAGAAGCGCAAAGUCGACGACUCGGAGCUAGAUCCUCGACUCAUGGGGAUAACUCUUUCCGCCGACAGCGUCUGCCCGACGUCACGGAGCAUCGAGGAAAUCUCCAAGCGCUCGCUCGACCACUUUCCCAGUCCCGACCUGCUCUUCCCCAUGCCGGCCCUCGAGUUUGACUUUCGCAUCGCCGUUGCCCUCAACCCCGAGCUGUCGCGCUCCGAAAACAGGGUCCACAAGGAAAUCAUCACCGUCACAAGCGGCAAGUGGUCUGGCACCUUUGGCAACGGCCGCGUUCUGGCCGGUGGAUAUGACCUGGGCCAGGCCCGCGGCUUUCGUCCAAUCCGCAUCGUCGAAGGCGCCUUUGUCCUACAGACAGACGAGGCUGCUCCCGCUGUCUUUGAGAUGCGCACGCGUGGCUCCCUCUCGGGCCCCUGCAACGUCCUCGACGUCCUUCUGAGCCCGCGCAAGGCCAAGGACAUUGACCCUCGGCAAUACAGCUUCCGCAUGUUCUGCACCGUCAAGGCGGCCGAUAAGCGCUACGCCGAGCUCGUCAACUGCGGGCUCUGGGUUGCCAGCGGCGUUUGGAAGGGUGAUGAGCUCAUCAUCGAUGCUUUUCGCGUCACGUAA